CUGUAAUGUUAGUUGCCUAGCCAUCAGGUUCAAAACAGUGUUCAAAAAAAUUGAACUGUGACCUGAAAAAUAAUAAUCUACUUAAAACAAAUUCACGUUUCACGUCGUUCUUGUCCACAUUGUUUUAAGGUAUUGGUAUGUAUGUGUUUUAGCCGUAAAUUUAAUGGUGAGAAGAAAAUGAACAUCGCAGUGCUACACCAAUAAGAUGCGGCCACAUAUCAUGCAUGAUAUUGAUAAUUGAAUAUUGUGGUUUGAUGAUAAAUUUAGAAAACGGAAGAACUUCAUAAAAAAGAGCUGGAGUCAGUAUCAAGUAGCAAAAAUGGGAAACAUGGCGUACAAGAAUUCUAUUGCACUCCUAUUUGUAGCAGUAUUCAUUCAAGAAUCUGUAUCUAUUACUGAAGAGGAUGAAGGGGUAAAAUAUGCUUCAAAAUGUGAGGUGUGCAAAAUUUUGGCAACAGAAUUGGAAGCAAGACUAGAUGAAACAGGAAAAACAAGUGAAGUAAUUGAAACAGGCUACCAUGUGGAUGAUGUAAAACCAAAAAAGAAAAAAGAGUAUGUAAAAUCAGAACUGAGGCUUGUAGAAUCGUUGGAAGGUGUUUGUGAUAGAAUUCUUGAGUAUAACAUUCAUAAAGAAAGAGAAGAUAGCACUAGAUUUGCCAAAGGCAUGAGCCAAACAUUCAAAACACUCCAUGGCCUGGUUGAUAAAGGAGUUAAAGUUGAACUGGGAAUCCCCCAUGAAUUGUGGGAUAAACCUAGUGUGGAAAUCACCAAUAUGAAGGUUCAAUGUGAAAAUUUACUGGAACAAAAUGAAGGUGAUAUAGAAAGCUGGUACUUCAAUCAUCAAGGAAAAGAACCUCUUAAGACCUAUCUGUGUGAAAAAAUAGUCUUGAAAGGGGGAGAUACCAAAUGUUUAAAUGAACAACUAAAAGGAGAUACUGAUAAUACAAAAGAAGAAUUGUGAUAUCUUGAAAAACAUUAUUUUCCAAUGUUUAAUGUUAUUGUGAUUUUUUAUUCUACAAAUAUGAUGUGUCAACUAAGUAGGUAUUUAUUUUGAACAUUUUAUUAAAUAUACUAUUAUACAGGGUUUUAUUAGUUUUACAAAUAAACUCAUGUUUGCUGGGAAGCAGCCUCCUGUUCCCUCUGAGCCUUUGUCUUCCUAAUAUGUUUUGGUUUGCCUCUUAAUGCUCGCAUUCUAUC